AUGCCCGGGUGGUGUAUGGCCCUUCCCCUCCCCCCUCCCCUUCACUGUCUCCUCUCCCUCUUUCUCUUCGUCUGUCUCUCGUUUUCGUCUCGCACGUUACGCCCCCCGCCCCCUUCACCCGCUCCCGCGAUGACGCCACACGACCGACUGCAUGCGCGACAUGAAGGCACAGAGGUGCACUGUAUCACUGUCGGGGCCACCGUCAUUACCUGUACUCGCAUACACAGACCUUUCCAGGUGCACCACCGCUACGCCACGAUGGACGCAGCUCUGCAUCAUGAAGAGCUGCUCGACCUCGAGCAACAGGUGGAGGCACUCCUCCUUGACAUGGACGUACCGCAUCAGCAGACCGCCGCCGGCGUUGGCAGCAGCAGUGGUGGAGGUGGAGGACGAGGUGACGUUAGCUCUUCCUCUGCGCGUGCGGCGGCAUUCGCUAAAGCGCAGGACAUUCUACGGCGCCUGAGUCGACUCUUGCAACAUCUUCGAGUGGAGAUACGCCUGUUGGAUGAUGAGGAGCGCGACGUGUAUGAAGCACACGCCAGCGAGCACGCAAGGAGGAUUGCGUCGCUGCGCAGCUGGGCGCAACAGAGAAAAGAGAACGCCGUCAAGCGCACUGCCGCAGCCGUGUCGUUAGCUCAAGGCCAGCACAGUACUGGUUCCUCGGGUAUACACUUUAGGGCUGUGGAGGGCGGCGCCGGUAUACUGUGGUCACCGCAUGAGGGCGGCAACGAUGACCCCGACAGAGGGGACGACUCGGCGACGUCGAACCGUACCGAGGCUCACCAGACGGCAGCGCGCAUCAGCGAGGUGCAGCACCGAAUCCUGCAGUCUCUUGGGCACUCGGAGAAGCUGCUGAACGAAACCGAAACGCUUGGCAACGAGGCCGCCACGACGCUACUGGUGCAGACGGAGCAGAUCAAGCGGACCAAUGCUGAGCUGGACGAGAUGCGCUCCGAACUCGAGCUUGUGAGCGUGGAGUUGAAGAGUUUUAUGCGCCGCAUGGCUCGUGACCGGCUGAUCAUCUUCUUUGUAAUCACCAUUGUGGUGUGCAUCAUCGUUAUUGUCGUAUUGGCGGUACUCAAGCACAAGUGGAGGUAA